AAUUGGAUAUAUUAAUUCAAGUGAAGAUUGAAACUGCUUGUCAGGAAGUUUCAUAGUUUUUUCAGUUUAUUAGUUUUUUUAUGGUUUACGGGAAGUGGACUGUGAAGAAGUGACUCAGGAGAAGUAAAUGUGAAGAAGAGCUGUGGGAAUACUGACCUAAUUUCAUUUUCACAGAAUCGCUGGGUGGACAAGGUCGUAACAAAGGUUGAAGAUAUUUCUGAGAGUCUACAGUAUAGACUACAUUCUGUGUUACAAUUCAUUGUUUCCAGCAUGGAUUUCUGCCAAAAAUCUGGAAAUGUCAGGAGAUGGGUUUUAUUUUAUUCCCUGCUUGAGCUUCUUUUAAUAAAUGAAGCGUCUCUGCAGGAAACCGCUGAGGGUUUUAUCGGAGGCUCUGCUGUCUUACCGUGUUCGUCCGAAGAACAUCAGCUUAAACUUCAAGACAUCACUGUGCAGUGGAGACACAACAAACUUAGUGUAUAUUACAUUCGUGAGGGUAAAGACUCCGUAGACGCACAGAAUCCGGCAUACAAGAGCAGAACUGAAACCUUCCCUGAGGAGUAUCUGAAUGGAAACUUCUCACUUAAACUCUACAAUCUUCAACACACUGAUGCAGGAAAGUACAUAUGCUUCAUCACACAGGAUUCAGUGCUGAAAUCUGUCCAGAAUGUUGAGCUUUUGAUUAAAGAGAGACAAAAAAUGCACCAUCCAAAAAACGCAAAUGAAGGUUCGAACCACAAACCAGAGAUGAUCGUAAUGAUCAUUUCCACUCUGAUUAAUGGCAUUAUAUUUUAUUUGAGCUAACACCCAACAGGGUUAAGGAGUUUCUUUCCAUUACUCACCUCCAGUUCCAAUGACUCAAUUCCUGGAAACAGCUGGAUGGCUUUAUUAGAUAUCACUCUAUAAUUACUCUGUUAUUUUUAGUCCAUUUUAACAUUUUGUGUAGUUGUGCAAACACCAACAUGAAUUGAAUGUGUAAAAGCUCUCUUAUAGUGCACAUCUUGUUGAAGGUAGACGUGAGUGAUGAUUUGUGCUUGUGUUACAGUAUUGUGAUGAUUCUGCCUGUCACUACAUAUCCAAAGUUCACUUACUUCACUUGUCUCAUUUUUUUUUUUUCAAAAUUACAACUUAGAUCACAUACGAAAGGCUAAUACAAUGUUUAAUGUGAACCAAUUCCCAGGCCACAUGUGAUGCACUGUAGUAAGUACAAUUUAUGUCACAGUGUCUGGGUUGUGUUUCCCUGGGUCACCACUAGAGGUCUCUUCCCCUUACCAUCACCACCUUAUCUGGAACUGCAUUUCCCAUCAUCCUGUUCUGUCACAGCUGUUCCCACUCAAAUCAUUUGCACCUGGCUAUUUAUACCAUGUCUGUUUCUGUGUUCAUUGUGGAUUCCUUGUUUAAAGUCACUGCGCCUCAGAGGUCUGUUUCAUGUUGUGGACUGCCUUUGUAUGGAUUUUGAACCUUUGCCUGGAUGUUUACAAUUUUUACUUAUAGCUGUGAAAUAAACUAUACGCUAUUGGCCAUUUAAAAAAGGGGAGGAACGGAUCAAUAUUUCUACCAGAAAGACUCGGGAGAAUUAAUACUGUGAAAAUGAACAUUUAUUUGAGCUCAGCAAACAAUCAAAUUCUUUGGCGUAGGCCCCAUCCGUAAUUCGCAUUCCGAGGGUACGGAAUCUGCAUAUCCUGCCUGAAGACUAAGGCAGGGGCCCAGCCCACCCCCUGCGAAGUAAGGAAGGGUGCCAUCUGGUGGUGGUGGGGUGGAAGGAGGAGAGGACGUCCUGGCGUCUUCAGGGUAGAGGGGAGAGCACAUAAGGAGGUGGUGGGAAGGAUGGAGGGGAGGACCCGGCACAUGAAUGAUGGGGAGGAUGGAGGUGAGAACUCAGAACUCAGACGUGUAAGUACCACCCUUUUAUACUGACUAUUAGGAUAUGAUUGGAUAAGGUAAUACAUGACGUGAACGAUUGAGUCUUCUUGGUAGAACUUGUGCUGGCUUCAUUUCCUGCCCUCGCUUCCUGUUUCAAAUGACAUCAACACAGAAUAAAUGCUAUGCAUUACAAGGCACUUCAGUGGGCCUUUAAAUUGAAAUACUCUUGCUGAAUUAAAGCUAUCGCAGCACUGUGGUUCUUUUAAAACUCACAGGAUGUUCAUAGCAACUAUUAAUAUUAGAUGGUACAGUGGCAGAUUUUUGCGUUGUUUUUGGUGUUGUUGCAUUUGUCUGUAUGCCUCAUGUCACAGUUCCAGCUUACUCAUCUCACUUUAGAUCUAGAUGUUUUGUGGCCGUCCCCACCUCCAAAUGU